UGUGUGUGUCCACUAGACUGGGGGGGAGCUUAUAAUUCACAUGUGCACAAUAAGAGUGCAAAGCCACAACACCGCACUACAGUUGUCUAACAGAGAGUUGUGCGGCAGGCCAUCUUGUGCGAAGCGAUGAAUGUCAGUCAGCAGCCAACCAGAACAGCAACAGCAGACAUGAAAUUCCAAUCUCUUUUGUUCCUCGUGCUGGUCAUCUGCACCGCAGUGUGUGUGGCACAAGGUUCUUACGGUAACUGCUGCCUGGACUAUGUGCGCAGGAUGAAUGUGCGUGCAAAGAAAAACGUUGAGAGCUACAGGAUGCAGGAAACAGAUGGUGAUUGCAACAUCAGUGCUGUUGUGUUUACGAUGAAGCACAGGUCUGGACGUAAAACCCCUCGCACGGUCUGCGCCAACCCAGACCACCUUUGGGUCCAGGAGUUGAAGGAGAUUGUGAGGUUGAGGAUGAUGGCUCAGAAUUAGAAGAGCAACUGGAGAUGAAUGUGACUGAAGAGGCAACACAGAUCCUAGAAAAGCACAUGGAUCGCAUGAGGCGCUUGUAAAUUUGCCAUUUCCUGUCACUGACAAAGAAUGUACAUCACGCUUACAACAUGCUUCUAUUUUAGGCACCAGUAGCACACGACGAGGACUUUAAAUGACUUAUCUUUUCAUGUCACUGUGAUGUUUAUGAGCCUGCAAGCAAUGAGCCACUAUAAUUGCUCAGCUUUGGAUUGUUGAAAAUGAUUCAUAGACUGGAUACAUUUGGAGUUCAAGUACAUUUUUAUCUGCUGAAUGAUCUUUUAGCUGGAAAUGAUGCGAGAAAUUGGCAAAGAUUGCAAGACUUUUUGUUUAAAAAAAAUGCAAUUUUCAUAAUUUGUCUCCAAAAUGGUUCACUUAUAUAUACAUGCACAUCCAGUGUUGUAAAUGUAUAGUUUAAAAUGAUCUACCUGAUGCAAGAAGUUACUACACAGAUCAUUUACUCAAAAAUUUCCCAUUAGAUCAUCAUGAAUCAUUAUAUUUACAUUAUAAAACAAUAUUAAAUAAAGCCUGUUAGUUAGUCUUUUCACAGUUUUCUUCGACUUCUUUUCAGCAACAAAAUACAACUCUAUUCUCGUAAUUAUAUUACAUGAAAACACUCCCCCGCCCCCAAAAUGACAAAUAUAUAGAGUACGGUAUAUUAAGAAAAUAUGCAUAUUUUUCUUCAUAAAUAUAAAUAAAGAAAUGAAUAAAUGAAUGCAUAAAUAAAUAAAUACUUAAUGAAUAAAACAUAUUUAAAAAUGGGACUCCAAUUUUUAUGGUUAAGAUAAAAAAAAGAACAUUUUACUGAAAAAGAUCUUUAUCUAAAAAUAAGACUAUCCAAAUAACAAUUUUAUUGGAAAAAAUAGGACCUAUUCUCAUAAGAAGGCAACAAAAACAACAACUGUAUUCUCAUAACAUCCGAACAGCAUAAGUAUGCUUUGAAUAAUCAUCUGAAAAAUAUGACGAUAUAUGAAUAUGUGAUUUCUUUUUCCCUAAAGACAUCAUUUUCUUUCCUAUUUAAAAAAAGACAGAAUAGAUUUUUUUAGCUAAAAAACUGACUCUAUUCUCAUAACAUUACAAACUUUUUCUAAAGAAAAAAGACAAAAACAAUCAUGGAAAAAUAAAGGACCUUAUUCUUGAGAUUACCACCUGGGGAAAAAAAAGAUUAUUCUUGUAAGACUCCCACUUUAUUCUCAUAUAUGUAUUUUUUCUUUUCAGUGUGGCCCUAAUACUCAUUGGUAGAUGAUACCCAUUAUACCAAAAAAAUAAAAUAAAACUAAAAAAAUCACUAACUCACAAUUUAGCCAGUGUAUGAAUCAUUUUGGCCUGAACUUUAUAUGUAUAGUAUGUGUGUGAAUGCAUUUAGUUUGUAUGUGAGACAAUUAUCACUUUGUAGAUAGGUGCACAGUGUUUUUACAAAUCACCAGAUUUUUAUAUAUUUGUAACAGCACUCCAAUUGUACUUGGUAAUGACCUUUAUUAAAUGAGAAAAAUGGAAUAAAGGAACUUUUUUUCAUAAAUAACCACAAAA